CCCAUAAUUCGGCCCCAUUUUGCGUCACAAACGAAUACCCGCUUUCCCCACUGGCAGCUCUUGCAAAUUAGCUCUCACUUGGCCCAAAGGGUCGCAUUUCACAUCUCAAAUCGUAGCGAAUCUUAGGAAAAAGGCCAGGAUCAUGUUUAAGUUGUUGAGGAAGGCCUCAAAUUCGGGUCAGGGCCUGCAAGACGGGGAACUUUGUACAGGCUCUCAGAGGGGCUGUGAUGCUCAAAUGAGUCGAUCUGUCAUUUCCGCCAAUAUGCAGCUAGCUGCCUAGCUUCCAAGAAAGUCUGUCGCGAGACCGCCCCAAUCAAAAGCCAAGGAGAGACGUAAGUAGGUAAGAGGCAAGAUAGAUAGCUUGAACAGAAGAGUCAGAAAAGCAUUGAGGAUAUCGAAGGCUGGACUGCUAUCCUUGUAUUUGAUAAAUGCAAUAAUCAAACACGAUCAUGUUCUCGCGGUCGGGUUGAGUUUAUCGUAGGCCUGGACAGAGGACAGAUGAUGUGGGUGGGUGUAGCUCUUUCGCAGAUCUGAGGGCUAAUCAAACCCGACCUUUUGUCCACCCAGCAACAAGCUGAAUCCCGGGAAUCGAUUAGCUCUAAGGACUGCGAACUUUUGUCACCCAUGGGCGGAAAACAGGCUGUAACUGCAGAUUUUGCCUAGGACCUGAGGAGUUUUCAGUCUGGCUCACACAAAUCUUUUUUGUGUGCCCCCUUUUUGUUGCUCUUCCUCCCAUUGAGCCAAAUUACACUUCCCGGCCCCGCCAUGUGUGAGAGCAAACCAGUGCCUUAUUGGUUCGACUUGUGCCGAAAUGUUGAUCGAGUUCUCAAAUCAAGGAAGGUGAAAGAUAGCGUGUCACAAGGGGAGAAGAAGACUUGGCUGGAAGCGGCUCAAAUGGCCCGCGAAGACGGCGACAAUGGAUACCACGUCACAAUUCGAGUCGUCGAGUGGUGCAUUUGGUGCGAUCAAGAAGGGAGGAAAUGGAAGUUUAGAGAGCCUCGUUACACAUGGACGGACUUCCAAAAAUCCCCUUGGUACAAGUGGAUCGACGUCAACAGUGCCAAUGAAUUCCCCUGAUUCCAGCUAGUGUAGCGGUUUUGUUACCCAGGUUGCAUCAAGCGCGGCCAUCUCUCUUCUUUUGCCCAUCGAGCGGGAAAAAAAAACCAUCAAAACAAGUCGUGCAUCUAUUCUUUGAAGACAGAUGAAGAAAAGCUCGCUGGGCUAUCGAGGGUUGAUGGUAGUCGAGGAUGAGGGAUGGAAGUCUUGGAUGCCAGGUGGGGGAAAGAUGCAGGUUGAACAGCAAGAAACCAUGUCACUUGAAAUGGAAGGUUGCAGGGCAAAGUAAGUUCAGGAAUUUCAAAUUGUACCAGGAUCAUCCUGCUCAGAUGCCGGGUACAGCCGAUCUCGUGCAUGAUCGUAGCCAAGUACUUAGUUGUACCCCGCCGCAUAUUGAAUACAUG